CGGCGUUGGCCGGUGGUGCCGGAGUCGGCAGGGAGCCAUGGCGGGGCAGAUGGCUGUGCUGGGUUCGGCUGUUCUGGCUCUCUUGUUAGCUGGCUAUCUAGCACAGCAGUAUUUACCAAUGCCUACACCUAAAGUAAUUGGGAUUGAUCUUGGCACAACUUACUGCUCUGUUGGUGUCUUCCUUCCUGGAACAGGGCAGGUGAAGGUUAUUGUGGAUGAAAACGGGCACAACAGCAUACCAAGUAUAGUGUCUUUCACAGACAAAGAUGUGUAUGUAGGAUAUGAUGGCUUAGAACUGGCUGAUUCAAAUCCUCAGAACACUGUAUAUGAUGCAAAAAGAUUCAUUGGGAAAAUCUUCACUCCAGAAGAACUGAAAAGUGAAAGUAGCAGGUAUCCAUUUAAGAUUUUUAAUAACAAUGGAUUAGCUGAAUUUUCUGUGACAACCAAUGAAACCUUUCAUAUCACUCCAGAAUAUGUUGGCUCUCAGCUGCUCCUGAAAUUGAAGAGAAUGGCCGAAGACUAUCUUGGCAUGCCCGUUUCAAAGGCAGUCAUCUCUGUGCCAGCUGAGUUCGAUGAAAAGCAACGGAAUUCUACCAUUAAGGCAGCUAACCUUGCAGGGCUAGAAAUUUUGCGAGUAAUCAAUGAACCCACUGCUGCAGCUAUGGCUUAUGGACUCCACAAAGCUGAUGUGUUUAAUGUCUUGGUGGUGGAUUUGGGUGGAGGAACAUUAGAUGUUUCUCUGUUGAACAAGCAGGGAGGGAUGUUCCUCACACGAGCCAUGGCAGGUAACAACAAACUUGGAGGACAGGAUUUUAAUCAGAGAUUGUUGCAGCAUUUGUAUGCUCAGCUUCAUCAAAGGUAUGGUUCUCUACCAUCAAGAAAAGAAGAAAUACAUCAACUCAGACAGAUUGUGGAAGCAGUUAAAUUAAAUUUGACUGUGCAUGAGGCCUCUACAGUAAGAGUGUCAUUGACUAUUGCAGAAAAGAUUACAAAAGAUCUUCCAGAAAGUGAGCGGAACACAAAUACCGUGCGUGAAGACCAGCCUUCACAAAUAAUGAAAGAUGAGAAAAAUCUUAUAGGAGGCAAUUCACAAGUGCAGAAUAACUUUGUCAAAGUUGUGUUUGAAACAGAAAUCUCUAGGAAGCUAUUUGAGGUGUUGAAUGAGGACCUUUUUCAGAAGAUUCUUUUGCCCAUUGAGCAGGUGUUGAAGGAAGGCCAUCUACACAAAGCAGAAGUGGAUGAAAUUGUGUUAGUUGGAGGCUCCACACGGAUUCCUCAAAUACGCAAAGUUAUUCGAGAUUUUUUUGGAAAGGAACCUAACACCUCUGUAGAUCCUGAUUUAGCAGUUGUAAUGGGUGUAGCUAUCCAAGCAGGAAUUGUUGGUGGGUCCUGGCCUCUCCAAGUUAGUGCUAUAGAAAUUCCUAAUAGGCAUUUACGGAAAACUAACUUUAACUGAAAAUAAACUCUUUCUCAUUGUAUUCCAUCUCUCCAAAUAGCAUACUAUGACGGUGCAUACCUACCUAACUGGCAGUAAAGCCUAAUUUUAGCCAUAAUUAUAUCCAUUUUUAUAUCUAUUCCAAUUAGGUGUAACUGGACACCUAAUUGUGUUACAGCUGGAUGUUACUUUGAAGGUAUGAGUGAUUUUUUUGAAGUUCUAAAGUGUCCCCUGUUGACUUGUAGAUGUGAAUAUUGAUGAAAAUGCUAAUGUUGACAUACUUGCAUUCUCUUGCUAAAUUUUAUUAGCAAAUCCUGAAGAGAUGUGUGUUUAAAAAUACAAAAGGAGUGUGACCAAAGGUUGCAGAUAAUGUGUUAUUGUGCCAUAGGUAUUCCCAUGUUUAAUAUAUUUACUUUGAGAGAAUGUGAAUCAGUGUUAGCGCACAUAGCUCUAGCAGUGUUUAGCUUAAAGUUAUUUAUUAAAUUGAGUCAUUUGAGCAUUUAAGCACCUUUUUAAAAGGCAUAUUGCAGCUUGAAUGAGACUUACACAUUCACUUGAUUCUUCUGCUGUUCAUAACAGCAUAUUAUUGAGACUAUAUGGCAAAUUCUUGUCUCCUGGUUCGGUCAAACCAUAUUAAGAAAUUUAGCUUUUGUUAAUGCACAGUGCUACUUAGUGUGUCUCCAAGAGCUAAAUUUCUGGUCUGUGUUUAAUUGUUACUUGUAGGUGCUGCUGUCAUACCACUAAUGCACUUACCAGAGAAUAAGUGCAUACCAACAACUAUUUAUAACCCCCUUCGUAUGAAAACUGUAUAAACUUUGUAUUUUUUAUAAAGUUACACCUGUAUAUCUUCCUUUGAAUUUGACCAACAUGAAUUAAAUUUUUGUGCAGUUACAAGUGUUACCUCUUUCCCUGUCCCCAGCCCUUUUUUUUUUCAGGGAGAAAGUAUGGGACAAAAGGAACCUCCUAGAUGAAGUCUAGUUCCUGAAGUCUUAGUAAAUGAAAAUUCACCUACUACUUUUUGUACUUUUUAGCUAGUAUGGGAGGGAAAUGGGGCAUGUAAGCAGAAUUUGAGGUAGCAUUUCUUGGGACUUUAUUUCAGGCAAGUAUAUUGGUGCCCAGCUCUCUAGCAAAUGUAUGAGGAGAAGAAACGGAUACUCAUUUUGGUGACUGAGUUCUUUUACUCUCCAAAGAGUUAAAAUAAUGUUUAAAAGCUGGCUGUGUUCUUUUUUGUGUAGAACUGUUUUACCACAAUGAGAACACUUCAUUCAGCUAAGACUCAGUUAGACAUCCAUUAACAAACCUCAGUCUUAAUCAGGUAAGCUGUAGUGACAAGUGGUACUAAGCUUUUUCCUGUAUGCCUCAUUUUUUUUUUUUUUUUCAUAUUAAGCUUACUCAGAUAACCUUUGGGGUUUAGAUUUAUGGUCUCAGCUGUGAGUAUAGUAAAGUAGCCUUGUUAUUCCCCUGGUGGUAGACUUGGUUUAUGGCACCACCACAUUAGUUGUGCUGAUUCAGCUGUUUAUAUAACUGUAGUAUAAAUCAUAUCUUUGAGGUAAUCCAACUAAAAAAAAAGAAAACUCUGAAAUCAUAGUUUCAUGUAACCAUUCCAUCAGUGUUGCUUAACUUCACAGAAGAUUCCCAAAAUAUUGCUAGCAUCUGUUUAAUUUCUCUGAGUAGAAAACCUAAAAAAAGCCUCCUAUAUAAAAUUCACUUUGCUUUGUACCUCUUUGAAAGUGACCCUGAAAGUCUGUGUGGAGCUUUCAGUAAUGUGAUAAUGUAUUCAAAAGAAAAUAUUGCACAGUUAGAAAAAGUGAGCGGUAAGGGACUAAGGUGAAUAAAACUCCUAACUUGAAAGAAGUGUAGCUUCAGUGAAAUUAUGGAUGAAUGCCAAUAUACAGUACAGUUUUCAUGCUAUCUUUGCCUUGCAGAUAUUGUAGGUAUUUAAGUCUUGAGUCAUUGUGGCCUGUUCUUCUGCCCUGCUCUAAAUUCUCCUCAAAGUAUACUGGAAUUACAGUAGGUCUUAAGUCUUCAUUUUUAAUGCACUUUCUGAAAUGAGCAGUUCUGCAUAAAAAUAGAACCACAUUGUAGUUAAGCUAUCAAAAGGGUGGGUUUUUUUUUUUUGUUUGUUUGUUUUUUUGUUUUUUUGUUUUUUUUUUUUUUUUACAAGCUUGAGGACAAGUUAGGCAGGUGUCUGAGAGCAACUUUUAAAUGUGAAACUCUCAGUGCAAGUAAAUGAAGUAUUUCCAAUGUGUAUUACUUCAUUCUAGCAGAGUUUUGUUAAGUUUCUUGCAGUGUUAAUCUGGGGUUUGUAAAGAAAGGGUGAGUUGUUAUUUACUUGAACUUCACAAUAAGGGUAUUUAUUCAGAUUUCUCUAUGGAUUUUUUUUUAAUACAGAAGCUACUGUACAUUGGAUAUCUUGCAAUGCAUCCUUAUUUAUUAGAUAACUUUUCUGAAUUCUGCAGUCGGGUUAUUUAUUUUGUAUCUUUGGUUUUGGUACUGUAUUUUGGCACAAAGCAUUGAAUUUUUAAAAUAAGUAGAAUACUGUACUAAAUAUGUAUUUCCAGGUAUACAUGUGUACUGCUUACCACCAGAAGUAUCUGUUUAAACAAAUUGUUAUUUGAAGGCUGAAAUCCUUUACAAACUGUCCUUCAAAUCUGAAUAAUGUUGUCUAUGGUGUAAUGCAAAUACUUAUAUAGCUAAUGCUUGUUUUAUGGGUUGAAAUUCUGACAAUAUAAGAUGCCUCACCAAUUGUAUGUUUCUGAGUUGUUUUCAAAUGCAGAAGAUAAAAUGCAUUUUAUAAAUAACC